GUAAUGCAUGUUACGGAAAUUACUGGAGGACGGUCUGACCUUGGCUGGAUUUUCUAAGUCUCUGACACCCAGUUUAUUCUUUUUAUUUCCUUUUCAAAACGGUGAUACGUCCCUUGUUUUUGUUUUGUUGGGUUUUGUCGGGUUUUUGCAAUGUAUGUCUGUCUCCUCCCGGUCCUCGCCCUGCUGUUGUACAGUACAGGAGGGGCCGUGGAGGAUAGUGCACCACAGAAGAUCGUCGCCUUUGCUGGAAAAAGGAUCACUCUGCCCUGCCACAUCAACGCCAGCAAUGACCUGCCUACACUGGAGUGGUCCAAGGAAGGUCCGGGUGAUAACAUCGCCUUCCUGUACCGCGACGGCUGUGAGACCCAUGAGAUGAAGAGUCAGGACUUCCAGCACAGGACAAACCUCUUCAUUAAUGAACUGACUAACGGAAAUAUCUCGCUAAUGAUUUCCGAUGUGCAGCUCUCUGAUGCAGGAAGAUACACAUGCACGAUCGUGCGCCACAAGACGCCCAUGAAGGUCGUUCAAUGGGAGCUCGUUGUGGUUGCGGUUUCUGAGCCAAAACUCUCAGUUGUUCCACCUGUGGACGAUGGAGUGACUCUGCAGUGUGAAGCCAACUGCUGGUUCCCGGAGCCUGAGAUAACGUUUCUUGACAAUCAGGGAAACGACAUCAGCGCCGAAAACUCAUAUACUGAUCGAGACUCCAGCGGAUGUUUCAACGCCAAGAGGAGCUUGACUCUGCAGACUCAUACCAAGAGGAUCGUCUGCAGAGUUCAGCAGCCCGAGACAAACGAGACGAGGCUCGCAGAGAUUUACCUUCCAAAUGAGCCCACGAUGUCCUGCACUGUACCCAUAAGCAUUGCUGCUGCAGUACCCGUAGUGCUAUGUGCAAUACUUCUAGUCUGCAUAUGCAGGAAAUGGGGCAACUCUGCAGAGGGACAGAAGUCACCAGUGACCAGGCAGUCAUCUGACCAAAGUGAAACAAGUAGCACAUUCACAGCAGAGGGACAGAAGUCACCAGUGACCAGGCAGUCAUCUGACCAAAGUGAAACAAGUAGCACUGCAGGUUUCGUCCAAGGCAACCAGGCUGCCAUCAUCUGCAACGCCACCGCUGAGCAUCAGAGAACAAAUGAGGAGCUAAUGGUGAAGCUCCGUGAGAAAGAAGAAACCAUCCAGCAACUAACUGAAGAGCUGAAUGACCUCAGAUCCAAGUGGAGUCCUGUCGUGGUCCAGCAUGGCCGGCCCACGAUUGGCAGUAGUCCUUCCAAAUCCCCACCAGACAUUUCAAAACCCAAUAACCUUCUCCGACACCACAUUCUCCAGAGAAGCAAUCCAACACCAGAGGCCUCAACCAACAGCAACAGGCCCAAGUCUGGCAACUUGCCCCAGAACAAAGAUUCAAAACCUGGCAUCUUGAGUCAAAAUCCAGCACCCAACCCCCUGAUCCGAAACGUCAGGCACAACCACAGCUGUCCCGCUCUGUUGACAGAUAACGGUGCUGUGCCGCCCGUUUCUCCUUUAGCCGGCCCUUCAGAGCAAAGCAUCGUUGCCCGUUCGAUGAGCUUGUCCGAGCGUCAGCCUCGUCCAAACAGCGCCAGGCCCCAGCGUAGACACACCACCACAAUCCCCGUUUAUAACCGCUUCACUAUCUUGGAAAAUUUACCUGAAGAUUCUGUGCCGUUGCUUUGAUGAGAGCCGAGCAGGAACUAAAACAGAGCUGAACGACUCUCAGCUGUCAGAUGGGUGGAAGUUUGGGUGGGUUUUGUACUAAUUGUUGUAAAUACUGAUGUUUACAGACUGCCUGGUAGCCAUAGUAACUAAUCAGAAGUUGGCAGCAAAAGUUUCAGACAACUUCGUAAACUUAAGCAGCAGGGGAAUAUAUCUUUUGGAUGAACUUGCUUUUUUAAACCAAUCUUAUAAUACCAGUUAAACAUUGUUGUCUAUAUGAAAGUGAGCUUUUCUUAAGUCGCAACAGGGUGAAAAAUUACUUCUUUUCUACUUUAUUUUUCCAGCAUUAACGUGUUUUAAUACCUGUUGAAAUAAGCUUUACAAGCGGCAUUUUACUAUUCUUACCAAAUAUGAAAUGGAUCCAGGUUUCUGGAGCCACAUUCAUCAAGACUCUAAUGCAAAGAGUUGCUCUUAGUGACAAGAUUCUAAGAAAAUUCUGAGAAUGGUGUAGAAUUUCCCGUUAGAAUUCAGACUAGAUCCUGAUAGAGAUAAAAGUUAUUCACAAAGUGUCUUAGUCCUUUAGAGAGCUCCUAUGAUGGAGAAAUAUUCUCCAAACUCUGAAUGACUGAGUUAGUGAAACGCUACAGAUUAUAUGGUACAGGGAUGACGUUUGUGCUCGAUCUCAGUCUCCCACCCAACACAGUAACGCUAUAGCGCCCAAAAAAGAAAGUGCUCAUAACAGCAAGAUACUUGGAACAACUGGAUAAAUGCAGCAGUGAUGACUUGGAUCUGUUGCCUUCCCCAGCAGAGUGAUUGCACAAACAAUUACAGCACUUUCACAGCCACAUAUCGAGAUGCAGUUCAUCUCAUGUCCACUAGAUGUCUCUGCCGUAGAGAGAGAGAGAGCUGUUUAUGGAAGAGUUGUGUUAAUUAUCACAACGACUUGUAUAAACUGGCCAACAAUUAUGGACACUGAUAAAAGCUGAGCCAUUUUUACUCAUUACUUAGUACGUAAAACAGUAUUAAUAAUUACACUAUGUCUUAAUAGGUAUUGAUGUCGUUCUCCAUUCUCACUAAGAAUGCCUUUUUAUUAACCAACCGUAGCUUUUAAAAGUAUGCAUCACACCUAGCAUUAUGGGUCGACUACACCUCCUCUCUCAGGUAAAAGUUUGGGUCCGUUUUUUGCUCAGAGUCACUCUGAGAGUAUUCCCAGACCACUCCUGAGCGAGGAAUCCUCGCUAGAGAUGAUUAGGCUAAGCUAGGAGCUCUCUGAGAGGACUCUCAUUAUGUAUGUGAAUACAGCCUCUGGUCUUUGUUUACGUAAUAAAGACAUUUUGUGAUGUUGUGCAUUUUUAUACAUAUUCUUUCUGUUAAGUUACCUUUAUUUCAAAAACUUUUGCACUUUUCACUCAUCUAUUACAGCACUUAGUAUUUAGUACUAUUAGUGUAUAUAGUAGCCUAUUUGAUAUGGGGGGGGGGUCACUACCAUUUUGCAUGUUUUUGAAGCUCCUUUUCUGUAUAUCCUCUGUGAAAUAAAGAGCGACCUCUGGUGAUCACA